AUCAGGGGGAUCUCUCCCUCUGACCCUGUGAACCUGAUCGAAGGACACAAAAGAUGGGUGGAAGUUUUCAUUACUGCUUAACUGCUUGCUACGUCCCUGUGCUCCAGCAGCAGAUGCACUCCUAGGUGGAUCAUACCAGGAGGGAAACGGAGGCAGGAGCUGAGCUAACUGACAGACACCCUGCCUUGUGAGUGCCAGGGGAGGGCAUGCUGACUGUGCCCAGGGUGGAUUCCCCCUCCCCAGUUCUGCUGGUGAUUUGGAGGUGCCUCCCCCAGAUGCUGCUUUACCCCUUCCCAGUGCUUUUGCUUCCCCAUGUAGCUGCCCGAAGCUUUGUGCCAAAACCGGUGGCAUUGAUUGCAGCUGUUCUGCACCUCCCAGGUGCAGUGGGAAGAGUGGAGACAGAAAGCCCCCAGCCCCUACAGCAACCCUGCUGAGGGGCUCAGGACAAGGCAGGGGCUGCUCCUUGCCUUGUGUGGCUCCUCUGUUUCCUGGGGCACACUCCUUGUCCACCUGCAAUUGACUUUUCCCUAGCAUGGGCCAGAGUGGGACAUCAGAGAUGGGGCAUCCUGUGUCCACCCUUGUCCCGGUCAUCUGUCACCCCUCCAGAAGGAACAGGGGCAUGCCUGUCCCCCUCCACCCACACUCUCUUGCUGAGGAGCUGCAGUUCCCUCUGGCUUGGCUGGAGAUGUGCCCCAGCUGUGAGGGUGGGAAUAGGAUCCAGGUGCCCUGGAUUGCCAGCAAUUACUCCCAUUGCCUAAAGUGGCCCAGAGGAGAGGGAAACAUGUCACUUGAGGGGCAGAAACUGGCUGAGGUUAAGCUGAGCCCUGGGCACUGUAUGAGGAGUCCUGUGUGUGAAUGACAGUGGUUUGGGAUGGGGGUGAGUUGCUGUUGCAUAGGUUACUUCCCCUCUUGACUCGAGAGGCAGCAGGUAGGAUUUUGCUCUCCAGGGAAGGUCCCAGACAGUGUCUGGGGCUGGAAAAUAGUGUGCCCCUCCAGGGGUUGUUUACAAGCCGUGGCUCGGUCAACAGUGACAGCCCAGAGACCGCAAAGAGCCUGAAACCAAAUGCUAAUGGCUCGGGUCUGCUAAUGGACACCAGGCUCUGCCACCUGCUCCGGAGCCAUCGAUGCUGCCGGCCGUGCUUCCCCUGUCCCGGCUGCUGGCCCAUGCUCUCCCUGCCCCAUCCCUGCUGGUCCCCUGCCGUGGCUGUUUGUCUGCACAGGCUGUGCUGGUUGUAUCCCGUGGAUAGAUUGUGCUGGGAGGUGUUGUGCCACCACAGUGAUGGACUGGGAAUGGAGCAGCUCCAGAGGGGACCAAGCCAAUCUCUCUAAGCCUGGGGAAUGGUUCAGUGGGAGCAUCUUGCAACAAGAUCCUGGGGCAAUGCCAGGCUUGCUGCAUUCCCAAACUCAGCUGGAUGAGGCCCCAAGCACCCCAUCCUUCAUUUGGAGCUGGCACUUUGCUGAGAAAGGGCUUGGACAGAAGUGCUGACUGUCUGCGACCCCUUGUCCUGUCUGCUUGGCACUGUACCCCCUUGGAUCCUGCCACAGGCUUGGUGGCACAGGCACAGCCAUCGCCUGGCAGCAGCAAUGGAGCAUCUCCCAUGAGUGCACUGUGCUCCAGGAUCUUCAGGGUGAUCAGUGCUGGAACUGACAUUGUUUACCAGCUGGAUAAUCAAUGAUGGACUGUGUCACCCCACCUCUGCCCUGUGCCAUUGUGCCUGUCCCCAGCCCUGAACAUCUCUUGGCAGACCCAUGUAGGAGGCUCUCAGACCCCUGCCGAGAGCCUGCUUUGGCCAAGUGCUCAGGAUGGGGCAGGUGGAGAGAAACACUAUCAAUUUUGCCUCUUGAAGUGCAGCAUCAAUAAUUCAGCGCAGAGCAAUCGGUCCUGGCUGGGAGGAGGGAUGGCAGGAGGGAGAAGGCGGGAGAGCCACCCGCGUAGCCCAGCCACAGAUUAAUAUUAAAUGAAGUUGCAGAUUGCUGUCGGCAGGAUAAUUGGUGCCUGCCCGGGGCUGUUCCUGCCUUGGCUGUUCAGGGUACGUGCUGGAGGGUAGGCAGGAUUGGGGGUGUCUUGGAGAGCCCCCAACAUGGGGUGUGCUGGCCUCUGCCUUCCCUGGAGGCUGCUGCCGCAGAGCUCAGGAUACGGAGAGAGAAGCAGGGCUGGGAGGGUGCCAAACCCUUCCAGAAUCUGGGGAGAAACAGGAGGGAGCAGCAUCAUGCCUGGGUGCCACUGGCACCCCAGACGGUGCCAGGAGGGUGGUGGCAAUGAGCAGUAUGGACACCUCCUCAUGGCUGGCUCAGGGUGAGGGUCCCUCUGGAGAGGGGAGAAAGCAAGCAUCCCCAAGGUGCUGGUGAGAGCAAAGUCCCGUGCCAAGCCCUGAUUCCUCCUGCUUUCCAGGAACCUCUUUGGCAGGAGUGCUGCAUCUUGGCUGCAGGAGGGACUGGCCCUUGGGGUGUGAUGCUUUGGUGCCUGGGCUCAGGGCAUCAUCCAGCCUGGUGGGUUUGACAGACCCCAGAGGUCAAGGUGAGCUUGCUGCAGGGGGGUAGAUCUUGGAGCAUCGAAAUCUAGCCCAGAACAGCUGCAGACACUCCAGGCUGAAGUUUGGGGUUCCCUGGGCUGGGCUGCACCAGAGAUUUCCCCGUAUGCAGUGGAUUUAACCCUUGCCUUUCCAAGGCCUAGCAGGUUUGCCAGGCUCUAGGGCUGGGCAGGAUGUGUUGGCUCUCCCGGCAGCCCUGAGCUCCCCAAGGUCCACAGCACCUGUAGUGCACCCUGUGCCUCUGCUGCUGCAUGGUGACACGUCCUGCUCAGCCCAGCCAGAGCUAAUUAGCUUGUUGAAUCUCUUCUCCCUCCGGCCUUGUGUUAAUCACUUUUCACACUGCUUCCUUCCUGAUUCCCUCUGGCCUGAUUUGCUCUUACUGUUGCUGAUGUGCCUGGAGAGGGGAGCAAGGGGACCCAGCUGAACAUGGAGCAGGGCCCCCACUGUGUCCCAGGAUGGGCUCUGAGCCAGCAGAUGGAGGGGCAGGAGACCACUCAGCCACAGGGAAGUGAGAAAAUCACAGGCUGGAGAAAAAGCAAGAGAUCUAGAGAGCAAAGGAGCCCAUUGGGACAGCCCUUCUUUAUAGCCCUGCUCUGUUGGGGGAGGGUGAAACCUUCAAGUGCAGUGGGAGAAGCUGGCACUCUCUAGUGCAGGGUUGUGUUAGGCUGCAGGGUGCUGUGGGAGCUCAGUGGGGUCUCCUUCACCUCUCCCCUGUGAGGGGCAGGACUAGACCCCAGGACUGGGCACAGGUGGGAAUACAAGUGCCCUGGACUGGGCUCUAGGUAGUAUGGAGUCCAUGGUCCCUGGAGCGCAGGUAGUAGGACAUCUGAUGUGCCAUCCAUGCUUGGCUGCAGCAUCCCCUCCCAGGGAUACAGGAGAAUGUCUCAUUCCCCCAUGGGUGCCUGCCCUGGGGCUUGUUGUACUGCUGGGGCAGGAGGUGGCCUCGUCAGAAGCAGCUUUUAGGUGAGAGGUGCAUAGACAGCUGCCAGAAAGAGACUUUCUAAUAACCACUGUUGCCAGGCUGGAAUCUGUCCUGCUGCCCUCAAAGCAGGACUUUGGGUGGGCUGUGGGGAGCACCCACCCUGGCUGUCCCUGACGUGCUGCCCUCCCUCCAGGCAGCACCCUGUGGGGCACGUUUGCACCCUGUGGAGCACAUUUCUCUCCAGCAGCAAGCAAGGUACCCAGGGCUGGCAGCCCCCAGCCGUGGCUGUGACUGACUUGCUGGUGCAGAGAUGCAGAGGAAGAGGGAAGAGAUGAGGGCUGCAGAUGUCUGUGGAGGUGAUCAGCAGACAAGGCUGAGCUCCAAGGCAGGGAACUCCUGCCAUGAAAGGUGGGGACACUGUUGGGGGGAAGGUUUGGUGGUUUGUGAUGUGGCAGAGGGGAUUUCCUGGGCAGAGCUGGUCCCUGGGCUGGUGGCAGCAGUAUCCCUGUAGUGUGUGAUGAGCUCGAGGGUCCCUGCAGACUGCUCAGCUCCAGUGCCACCACAAGCUGCUGUUGGGGUGGAAGUCAUUGCAGCUGAUCCUCCUCCACCUCCACGCACCCACUGGUGCUAGUUCUGCACCCCUUUGUGGGUGCCUGUGCCAGGCUGCGUAGUGCAGGCGUGCCCUGGGGGAGACCUGACCCCUAAGUCCCUUGGGAAGUUCCGUGGACUCUCCUUCUCUGCAGCCUGGGUGUCCCGAGGGACCACAGUGGGUGCCAGGUCAGGAAGAGGGAGGGCCAAGGCAGGUCUCUCCUCCCCUGCCCUCCCCUCUCCUGCGUUGCUGGGUCUGUUGCUGCCAGAGCAGCUGCCGGCUGGGGCUGCGUGUCUGGGGGAUGGCGGCUGAGGCACCCUGGGACCUGCAGGGGCUGCAAACGGUGGGCAUCAUCCUGCUGCUCUGCUCCAGCCUCAAGAUACUCCAUGCCCUGGGCAUCAUCGACCUGACCAGGGGAGGCAACCCGCCAGUCCAAACUAAAAAAGCGCUGAAGCAGCGAUUCCUCAAACUGCUGCCCUGCUGCCGGCCCAAAUCCAUCCCCUCGCUCAGUGAAAACAGUGUUGAGGACGAGUUUGAACUCUCCACCGUCUGCCACCGCCCCGAGGGGCUGGAGCAGCUCCAGGAACAGACCAAGUUCACCCGCAAAGAGCUGCAGGUCCUGUACCGAGGCUUCAAGAAUGAGUGCCCGAGCGGCAUUGUCAACGAAGAAAACUUCAAACAGAUCUAUUCACAGUUCUUCCCUCAAGGAGACUCCAGCACCUAUGCCACCUUCCUCUUCAACGCCUUUGACACCGACCACGAUGGCUCCGUCAGCUUCGAGGACUUUGUGUCUGGGCUGUCCACCAUCCUGCGGGGCACCAUUGAUGAUCGCCUGAACUGGGCUUUCAACCUCUAUGACCUGAACAAAGAUGGCUGCAUCACCAAAGAGGAAAUGCUGGACAUCAUGAAGUCCAUCUACGACAUGAUGGGCAAAUACACCUACCCGGCCAUGCGGGAGGAAGCACCCCGGGAGCAUGUGGAGAACUUCUUCCAGAAAAUGGACCGGAAUAAGGACGGCGUGGUGACAAUUGAGGAGUUCCUGGAGUCCUGCCAGAAGGAUGAGAACAUCAUGCGAUCCAUGCAGCUCUUUGACAGCGUGAUUUAGCUCCCAGACCUGCCUCCAGACGAGCUCUCCUGACACUGGGCCCAGAACCUUCUUCUCUCUCUCGACUUUUCCUUUGAGACUCCCCUCCUCUGGCUGCACAGACACCCCCAUGGAAAGGGGCCUUCCUUCCCUGAGAUGCAGUCAGUGCCGAAAUCUUCCCUUUCCCCUGGCCCAGCUCUGCUUUCCUCGGGGGAUCCCAAGCAGGUGCUCCCUGAUGUUGGAGCACGGGCAUGGCUGGCACAGGAUGAGCAUUUCACCUGGAUGGACCUCCCUGCAUCUAAUCCUGAUGGAAAAGAUGCAGCCUUGGGCUGCAAUAGAGGUUUUCCCCGUGCACACCACCCUGUGCAGCCACAGCUCCCCUACCCUGAUCCUCCCCAGCCUCAGGAGCCCCCAGUCCUGGCUCCAGCCUGAACCCUCCAGCGACACUAUCUAGAAACCAAUAAAGUCUUGGAAUGGGCACCAGUGCCUCGGCUUCCUCCCCUGCCCUGGCUGUGCCCUGCUGUGGGGAGCGUGUCCGGUGUGUCCACUGUGAGCCACCAGCCACCCUCCUUGUCCUGACACUGGGCCGGUGGGUGGGCAGAGGGGCCGUGCCUGGAAAAGGCAGCCAUGUGAGCCCUUGGGGUUCAUUGCUGCAUGAGCUAUGGGGCAGCAUGCCUGACCCCAGGGAUCCCAGUUAGAGUUAGGAGGCUUGCCCUGACAGGGGGAGAGGGGAGGCUAAAGGGACCCCGAGGUGACUUCUUGUAGCACUUGUCCCCCAGGAUGGAGGAUGCAAGCCUGGGAGAGCUGCAACCUCAGACCCUGUCCCUCAGGUUUGGGGUGCUGGCACAGAGGGACCCCAGGGAUCCACUUGGAGGCUCUGGUGGAGAGACACCCUUUCCAACACUUCCCGAGGACAUGACAGCCAGGGUGUGGGGACACGUAGAAGAGGGAGAUGGGCUGGUGCCUGGUGGCCAUUCUGCCCCCAUAGGGCUCACAGUCGUGUUCCUGGCAUCAUUUGCUGCUGACCUUGCCCUGCUCCUGUGCCCUGGCCCAUCCCAGCCCACCUGCUGCCCAGAGGACUGGGGAAUGAGCAACGAGGCAGAGAGGUGUUCCCACAGGCACUGUGCUAGUGACAUGGCUGAGCUAGCAUCUCCUAGAGGAGAAAGUCGAGGCUGGGGUUAGACAGGAGUCGCUGCCAUGCUGCUGGCAGGCUGGAGGGUCACCUUGGGGCAGGGGGCUCAUCUCCUUUCCCCAGCAUGGCCAUAUGUGAGCCUGCUUGGGGACCUUGGGGAUGGGGACCCUGGGUGUCUUUGUCACCACCAGCUCCUUGGAGCCAGGUGUGUGCAGGCAGGCCUGUCCUGCUCACAUACCACUCCAAGUCACAGCUGGGAGAGUGAUGCCCAGGGGCUAAUGAUCCCAUGCCAACACCAAAGGCCCCUCACAGGCACUGGGAAUGUACCCAGCCCUGGCAGCCCCCAGCUAUGGCUCCACUCUUCUGUAUCCUUGGCCAGAGGUGGUUUGGGCUGGCCUGAGCUGCAAUGUCUGGGAUCAGCACCCAUGCUGGGCCAGACCCAGGCUGAGCCCCUGGCGUUGGAGACAUUGGAAUUUAACCCCUUGGGCUCUGAGCCAAAGCUACAGGGCUGCUUCCCAGGGGGACCGUCCCUGUCCCAGCCCUUGCAGAUAUGAUGUGUUUUUUAGGCUCAUGCGACACACUAUUCAUCUCGCAGACAUGAUGUGUUUUUUAGGUUCAUUCAACACACUGUUCAUCUCACAGACCUGUUCCUGGGUUUGCUGUGGGGCUGAGCUCCCACUUGCAUUCUCCUAAGGGUGGAAGGGCCUUACUCGUCCAUCUCUUCGGCCCUGUUCUCCCUCCUCCCAGGCUCCCUGGGGUACCCACUGUCCCCUGCCACGUGGAGCACAUGCCGCCUCCCCCCUCACGCUGUAGGUCGCAUGGUGUGACCCCCUGACCUGGGGCAUGGUGACCCACAACCUGCUUGGCAUCUCCAGUCUGUAUAUUUUGUAUUAUAACAAUUAUAUGAGUUAAAAAACAAAACAAAACAAAAAAAUCAACAAAAAACCAAUAAAAUCUAACCACAAUGCUAUGCA